UAGUUGAAGACGAUAAAAAUUCUGAGCAGGGAUCGUGGGAAUAUUGCGGAAAUGUUUGGUGAAUAAAUUAAAGUGUGAAAAAAGAAUUAUCAGUGUAAAAUAGAGAAAAUAUAAAACCAACAAAAUUUUUACCCAACGCAAAUGUAUUAUUUGCCAAGUUUUCGUCGACGGUGCGAAGAAAAACAUAUCAAAAGUGAGUCAGGUUUCUGGUCGCGCGGGUGCAACAGUCGAAAGGGCAAGACAACGUGAAAGCUUGAAAGAAAAAAUAUGUAAAAUAGUCGUAAAAAAUCGGCGCGGCUGUAUGAAGCGAGAAAAAGUGAAAAAGCAAAAAUAAAUUUCACUAAAAUAACAAGUAGAAACAGCAAAUCGCAACAGUUCGUGGCGCAGUAAUAACAUUUGCAUUUCCAAUUCGAACCGAUAUAAUUCCGUCGUAUCCAUCAAUAUUUUUGAUCACAUACGGUCAUAAGUGCGAACGUGUUUUCCGGCGCUGGAACGCUGACUUGGUGGACGCGUAACACAUCGAGUAUACGCGAAAUAUGGGUGGUUGCAUUGGCAUACACAGCAACGAUAAUGAGACAGUCAGUGUGUCUUCUGCGAGCGUUUCGAGGCCAACAACAGCCGCGGGCGGCGGUCAAAUGGGCCCAUCGCGCAAAAAUCGCCCCCUGUGCAAUGAGACGAUACGUUGGCGUUCCGAUGUGCCACUGACCGAGGGCCAACUGCGUUCGAAACGCGACGAAUUCUGGGACACCGCGCCGGCGUUCGAUGGUCGUAAAGAAAUUUGGGAUGCGCUGCGGGCAGCUACAAAUGCGGCAGAAGAGCUAAAUUUCGAAUUAGCACAGGCAAUACUUGAUGGAGCGAAUAUCUCCGUGCCUAAUGGUUUACUUAGAUCUGGAUCUCUACUGCCGCAAACGCAAAACCAACAUAAUAGAUGCAUUAAUGGCGGUCAGCAGCAGGUCAUGCAACACUAAUCGCAUAUGAACACUGAGUAUCAACAUUGUUGAUGGUGUCAGCGUAGGCGUAACUGCUUUUAUUCGUGACCGUCGAUAUUCAAGCGCUCGCUGAUUACACUGUGCAACAAUUUUAGGGUCAUGGAAUCUAACGGGGAAGCGGCCAACACAG